AGAGAGAGAGAGAGAGAGAGAGAGAGAGAGAGAGAGAGAGAGAGAGAGGCUGGAAGAAAGAGAGAUAGAGAGUCAGAGAGAGAAAGGCUGGAAGAAAGAGAGAUAAUAGAGCGUCAGAGAGAGAGAGAGGCUGGAAGAAAGAGAGAUAGAUAAUAGAGAGUCAGAGAGAAGUUUUUCUUCAUUCCUGGCUGGAAUGUACAGUAACACUCAGUAUGGAGCUGCUCCACUGUGGUGCGUCUCCACUGUGUUGAGGGAGGUGACGGAGGAACCGAGCGGGGGAGUGUAGCUGCUGUAACUGCAGUUCAUUAGUUCGGUUCAAAUAGUGACUCGGUUCUGCUCGCUCUGAACGAAUCCUCGGCUUUACUGCAGUCAGUAGGGCUCCACAGAGCAUGGUGAGGUGUGCUGAGGUGGGACCCCGGGGUCUGUACAGACCGUAGCCGUGUGUGAGGGUUUACCGGCGGGGCUGGAGGAGCUGGAGGGGCGGCUGUGUGCCCGCCGCCUGUCCGGGAACGGUCUCACCGUUCUGGGCGGCGCCGUUAUGGAGAGAGCCGCGGGCGGGGAGCCGAACAGGCGGCUGUUCGAAGCCUGCAGGAGCGGAGACCUGGAGCGGGUCAGGAAGCUGCUGAACGCCGCUAAUGUGAACAGCAGGGACACGGCGGGCAGAAAGUCCACCCCGCUGCAUUUCGCCGCAGGUUUUGGCCGCAGGGAUGUGGUGGACCACCUCCUGAAGCACGGGGCUGAUGUUCACGCCCGUGAUGAUGGAGGCCUCGUCUCUCUACACAACGCCUGCUCCUUUGGUCAUGUUGAGGUGGUCAGCCAUCUGUUGCGGCACGGAGCUGACGCCAACUCAAGAGACAACUGGAACUAUACACCUCUCCACGAGGCUGCUAUCAAGGGCAAGAUCGAUGUCUGUAUAGUGUUGCUGCAGCACGGGGCUGAGCUAACCAUCCGAAACACAGACGGGAGGACUGCACUGGACCUGGCUGAACCUUUCACCAAGGCUGUUCUGACUGGAGAAUACAGAAAAGAUGAACUUCUGGAGAGUGCAAGGAGUGGAAAUGAGGAGAAACUGAUGAGCCUUCUCACUCCUUUAAAUGUGAACUGUCAUGCCAGUGAUGGAAGAAAGUCAACCCCUCUGCAUCUGGCUGCCGGCUACAACCGGGUGAGGACAGUGCAGCUGUUGUUGCAGCACGGCGCUGACGUCCACGCUAAAGACAAAGGUGACCUUGUGCCUCUUCAUAACGCCUGCUCAUACGGCCAUUAUGAAGUGACUGAAUUACUCGUGAAGCAUGGUGCCUGUGUGAACGCGGUGGACUUGUGGAGGUUCACUCCUCUACAUGAAGCUGCAUCUAAGAACCGGGUGGAGGUGUGCUCUUUACUGCUCAGCCAUGGAGCCGACCCCACUUUCCUCAACUGCCACAACAAGAGUGCCAUCGACCUGGCCCCUACCACACUGCUGAAAGAGCGCCUGGCCUAUGAGUUCAGGGGGCACGCGUUGCUGAAGGCCAUCCGCGAGACAGACUUCAUACGCAUUAAAAAAUAUCUCUCUUUAGAAACCAUCAACUUCAAACAUCCUCAGACCCAUGAGACUGCACUGCACUGUGCCGCAUCAUUGUCAAGCCCCAAGAGGACACAGAUAUGUGAGAUGCUUCUGAGAAAUGGUGCCAAUAUAAAUGAAAAGACUAGAGACCUCCUGACACCUUUACACCUCGCUGCUGAGAAGUCCCACAAAGACGUCAUCGAGGUGUUAAUGAAGUACGAAGCCAAAGUACCGGUAAAGACAGUGGACAGUCAGGGUCAGGCGCCGCUGCAGCGUGUGGCUCAGUGCGGUCACCUCAAGAACUGCAGGCUACUGAUCGGCGCCGGCUGUGACCAACCUAUCACCUCCCUGCAGGGCUUUUACCCAGCACAGCUAGCCAACCAGAAUAUACAGGAGAACCUGCAGGAGGGUGUGCUGGUGGGAAACUGUGAUAAAGACAGGCACCUGCUGGAGGCUUCAAAGUCAGGAGACCUGGAGACAGUCAAGAAACUGUGCACACUGCAGAAUGUGAAUUGCAGGGAUUUGGAAGGCCGACAGUCAACUCCACUCCACUUUGCGUCUGGGUACAACCGUGUGACUGUGGUGGACUAUCUGCUGCAGCAUGGAGCUGAUGUGCACGCUAAAGACAAAGGAGGCUUGGUGCCUUUGCACAAUGCCUGUUCUUACGGUCAUUACGAGGUGGCUGAGCUGUUGGUAAUCCAUGGGGCGGUGAUUAACGUGGCAGACCUGUGGAAGUUCAUGCCCUUACACGAAGCUGCCGCCAAGGGAAAAUAUGAAAUUUGCAAACUACUGCUUCAGCAUGGUGCCGACCCAACCAAGAAGAAUCGUGAUGGGAACACACCCCUGGACCUGGUGAAGGAGGGAGACACAGACAUCCAGGAUCUCCUGAGGGGCGAGGAUGAGCUGCUGGAUGCUGCCAGGAAAGGCUGUCUGGCCAGAAUCAGCAAAGUCUGUAGACCAGACAACGUCAACUGCAGGAACUCUCAGGGACGCCACUGCACACCUAUACAUUUGCCAGCUGGUUAUAAAAAUUUUGAGGCAGCAGAGUAUUUGCUGCAGCAUGGAGCUGAGGAGAACUCGCAGGACAAAAGCAGACUCAUUUCCUUACACAAUGCUGCCUCCUACAGAGUGAAUGAUGUCCGUGCCCUGCUGACUGCAGCCAUGCCACCGUCUGCAUUACCAACCUGCUUCACACCGCAGGUCUUCAGUGUAUCUGCCUCUGCUGAAGCGGUGUCUUCCUCCCUGGCCUCUAACUCCUCAACACAUCCCUCCAGAUCCAGUAUGGAGGCUUUUCACAAGCUGUUGGGGACCUCUGGGGAUGAGGGGGCCAUGAGAGUGGAGAAGACAGAGGAAGGUGUGGCUCCAGAUAUGAGUAUCAGUCAGUUCCUUCAGAAACUUGGUCUAAAGUAUCUUCUCGAGAUCUUUGACAGAGAACAGAUAACUCUGGACGUUCUGGUGGAAAUGGGGCACAAGGAGUUGAAGGAGAUCGGAAUCAGCGCUUAUGGCCACAGGCACAAGAUCAUCAGAGGAGUGGAGAGACUCAUUAGUGCUCCUCAGAGUUUGAACCCCUACUUGACUUUAAACACAGCCAACAGUGGAACCAUACUGAUUGACCUGGCCUUGGAUGAAAAGGAAUUUCAGUCUGUUGAGGAGGAGAUGCAGAGUACAGUAAGAGAACACAGAGACGGGGGAUUUGCUGGGGGGAUUUUCAACACAUACAGGGUUCUAAAGAUCCAGAAGGUUUGCAAUAAGAAGUUGUGGGAGAAGUACACUCAUCGCAGAAAAGAGGUAUCUGAGGAGAACCACAACCACUGCAAUGAACGCAUGCUCUUCCACGGUUCUCCAUUUGUAAAUUCCAUCAUCCACAAAGGCUUUGAUGAGAGGCAUGCCUAUAUUGGAGGAAUGUUCGGAGCUGGAAUCUACUUCGCUGAGAAUUCCUCCAAGAGUAACCAGUACGUUUAUGGAAUCGGAGGAGGCACAGGAUGCCCUCUUCACAAAGACAGAUCGUGCUACACGUGUGAGAGACAGCUGCUGUUUUGCCGUGUGACUCUGGGGAAGUCGUUCCUGCAGUUCAGUGCUAUGAAGAUGGCCCAUUCACCGCCCGGCCACCACUCAGUCUCUGGUAGGCCAAGUGUUAAUGGCCUCGCGCUGGCUGAGUACGUGAUCUACAGAGGAGAGCAGGCUUAUCCUGAAUAUUUGAUUACCUACCAGAUCAUCAAACCAGAUGGGACUGCUGAGUAACCUGGCAUAUCUGACAUGUCUAUGUAGGAGGAGUCUGCUGCAUGCACAUACUGACAUUUUCAUCUACUGUAUAAAUUGUCCUUCCUACUACAGCCUAAUCUACUAUUUAUUACUUUGCAGUGUUAAAACUUUCUGUAGUAGCUGCUUAGUUCGGUGUUCAUCCAGCCUGUUUCUAACCUUGUAAAUAACCAACUUUCAGGUUUCAAUUUAAAAUUUAAAGUGGCUUAUUUAUUUUACAAAGACUACUGUGUAUAUAACUAUUGUUUUGUAUGAGCAUGUUAAUUUAUGAAUAUUUGUAUUGUAAUAGAGUUCUAUGCUUGAAGGAUGACUUGACAUGUAUGUGAUUUUCUUUGUUUUGUGUUUGUGAUACGGAGUGCUGUACAAUGCUCCCAGUAAAGCCAGUAUAAAGGAAAUACACUGCAUAGUGUUAAUCUGUUUAUGACAACAAUACACUGCCACUCUAAAAAAAAUAAAA